AUGGCCUCUCGAACCGAUCCUGCCCAGCUGGAGCAGAAGAUGGCGGAGCUGAUUGACGCCUUCGAGUCCCACCCCCAAGUGCAACCGCCAAAUCCCCACCCAACGGCCUUCUUCCUCCUCGACUUCGUCCGCAAUACUCAUAGAAUGCUGAAGACCGUUGACGCCGCCAAGUACGCUGCUGGCGACAACGAUGCCACGGAAACCGUCAAGGAAGUCAUUGGUCGCAACCAGUUCGCCAACCUGCUGCUGAACGACUCGUCCGGCAAGCUGUCGCUCAUGACCGGCGGCGAUCCGUCGAACCCAAUCGAUUUCGGCCCUGAUAUCAAGGCCAAGGCUAGCGCUCUGAACUAA